GGGACCAGAGGCACUGACAUUAACUGGCCAUUUAUUGAGACCUUUUGGACAGCAGAGAGAGGAACUUCCUUUGGUCUGCAGUUCAGUCUCUCUCUCUCUGGGUGGACACGAUGGACAGAUAUGAAGCUGCUAUGGUGCUGGGAGCCCUGGGCAAUGCCAUGGGCUUUCACAACACCAACCAGGAGUGCAAGAAACCUGGACUCAAGUUAGAUGAGUCGGAUUUAUCCAACGAGAUAGACGCACUGGUUGCAAAGUCAACCCAAUGGAAGGUCUCCUUUGAUACUCUGAUGCACUUAGCGACAGCCGAAGCCUUGACUUCUGGGCAGGAAUCCUUGAAAACAUUCUACAGUCAAGCGGCGAAGAGGUACCUGCUUGCUUUAGACGCGCACCAGAACCGGCUUGCAAACACCCCAACGCCAGCAAGAGAAAGCAUCCAGAUGCCAACACGCAACUGUAGGACCAGGAGGUUCAUCCCGCUCAGUAAACAAGAGCCCAUGUUUGGAGCAGCUGCCAGGACGAUGUGUAUUGGAAUGCGCUUCUCAAAGCCACAGCAACUGAACGACCUCCUGCAAGCCAGCAUCGAAUGUGGCCGGAUGACCCACAGUUUCCCAACAGCUUUUCUGGGUACUUUCUGCACAGCGCUUUUCGCCUCAUACGCUAUUCAAGGGAAACCCAUUGCUCACUGGGGAUGGAGGAUGAUGGAAGUGAUGCCCAUCGCAGAGCAGUACUGUGAAAAGAAGAUCGCUCAUUUCUCAGAUUAUCGGGAGAAUUGGUUUUGCUUUGAAACCAUUUGGCAGUUUUACCUGAAGUUGAGGGGAAUCCAGAAGGACGGAUGCGACAUUCCCGUUUUUCCUAAAUCCUACAAAAUCGAAGAACAAAACAAGCUGUACAGAGGGUGGCGUUCAGAGUCGAGUGGGAAGCAGAAGGGGCUGGAGACUACGCUGAUUGCUUACGAUGCUCUGUUGGUGGCCGGAGGAGACUGGAAAAAGCUCUGUUAUUCAGCCAUGUUUCACUGGGGAGAGAGUGAUGUAACGGGAGCUAUCGCAGGCUGCCUGUAUGGAAUUCAGUAUGGAUUUGACAAUGUUCCUUCAAGCCUUUACCUUAACCUGGAGUUUAAAGAUGAACUGGAGCAGCUGGGGAGGAAGCUGUACUACAUCGCUAAUCCAGAAAGGUCUCUCGAGCUCGAUGCAGACCAGGCACGAGCUAUAGAUGUGCGGAAGAUUGCCAAGAGGUUUGUGAACAAACGCACGGCAGAUGAGAUCAAUAACCUACUGAACUACAUGGCCCUGCUGGGAAAGAACACCAGCAGCGAUGACUCCAUUUGUCUAACGAUCUUGUCUACGGCACUUGACGCCUAUGCCAAAGGGAAAAUGCUCGAGCCUGAGGGAAAGAUCCGACCCAAUAGAUUCCAGCUCCUGCAGUCAAAGUUCACAAAGAUCGGGCUUCGCAGUCAGUUUGAGAAGCUCCAGUUUGAUGAGCCCCGGGAAAAAGUGCCUUUGAAAAAAUGUACCAACACGAAGAAGGUUGUGGGAGGCAUCCCACUCACCCCACAGUUUCCCACAGAGCCCAAAGGCCACACCAACGUUACCCAAAUACACAGUACCCCUGACUUGACCGUGCCAACAAAAUGCCCGUCUAUUGAUGGUAGAGAGGUGGAAGUUGCCACUGAACACCCAAGUGCUGUUGAUGAGCCCAUUGCUCUGUGUCCUGCUGUUCUACAACUGCCAAUAUCUCAGGAAGGAAAUCCCAGGUGCACACAGAAAGCCAGUGAGGCUGAGGCACAUUUGCCACAGACUCCUCCGGCUAAGGACAAAGAUAUUGAGCCUGCCCGGACAGAUAGCAAGAAUAAUGCACACACACUACCGCACGGUCUGACUGAUAAGCCUCUACUCCAGGUAUGUCAGAUUGAAGAUGCACAGAUUGUCCAUUCACACACUACUGGUGAGGCUGAUGUGCAUAUGGUAUGGAAUUCUAACACAGAGGACAAAGGCACUGUGCGUUAUCCUCAGAACGGCAGCAAGACUAAUCCUCAGGCAGACUUACUACCGAAUUGUGAGAGUGACACGAAAAACAUGUGCUUUCAGAUUGCAGGCAAUACUAUUGUGCGCACAGAAAAAUAUUCACAGACUGACGACAUGACUGAUGUGCGUGCGCUUGGGAAUUCACAGACUGAGGACAAAGAAACUGUAUAUUCUGCAACUACUAGUGAGACUGGUGUACACAUUCUCAAAGAUUCUCAGACUGAUGUACACAUUCUCAAGGACACUCAGACUCUUGUACACCAUCUGAAGUUUUCUCAAACCGAUUUAAACGUUUUCACAGACUCUGAGACUGGUGUACAUGUUCUGAAGGACACUGAGACGAGUGUACAUGUUCUGGAUGACUCUGAGACUGGUGUACAUGUUCUGGGUGACUCUGAGACUGGUGUACAUGUUCUGAAGGACUCUGAGACUGGUGUACAUGUUCUGAAGGACACUGAGACUGGUGUACAUGUUCUGAAGGACACUGAGACUGGUGUACAUGUUCUGAAGGACACUAAGACUGGUGUACAUGUUCUGGGUGACUCUGAGACUGGUGUACAUGUUCUGAAGGACUCUGAGACUGGUGUACAUGUUCUGGGUGACUCUGAGACUGGUGUAUAUGUUCUGAAGGACUCUGAGACUGGUGUACAUGUUCUGAAGGACACUGAGACUGGUGUAUAUGUUCUGGGUGACUCUGAGACUGGUGUACAUGUUCGGAAGGGCUCUGAGACUGGUGUUCACAUUUCUCAGGGCUCUCAGGCUAAGGACAAAGACAUUGCUAUAAAUGAGCAAAUUGCACAACCGGUUACUGAAGUUUUAUAUCCAGCUACUCACCUUCCAGUCGGCGAUCUGAGGAAAGGUAAUCGCUUCAGCAAACCAGCCGAGACAAAUGAGUGCAUUUCUGGAAGUCAGGUACCAAGUGUUCAUUGGGAGUUUGCUGUAGAAGAGCCAGGCUCGCACAAUCCACCUGGCAUCCCUGGCAGUAUGUCUGACACAAGCCGUGCCCAAAGCAGCCAAACCCUGGCACCUAGGGUUCGAGAUGUCCCAAAGACAGGUUUGACAGGAGAAACCAGUGAAGCUGGCUCUAGGGUUAUCGACCCGCCACACAUUGGCUGCCACUUUUCGGGGGGUGUUGAAGAGUCCUUUCCCACCUCCGUACGGAGCAGCACAGAGGCUGUAAACAUAGCGGAACCAUCGAGGGGAAAGAGCGAGCGGAUGAGAGCUUCACGGUCCAGCGGCCCCGAAUCACUCGCCCAAUCACAGAAACGGUUCAAGCGGAUCCCACAAAAAACAGAGCCCAGGAUCUACUGGAAAACCCAACAACUCCAAGAAAGUGACUCUGAAAGAGCCAAGCCAGAAGGCUUUAAUUGCGCUCUCCCUCGGUCCCAGGACUUGCAGGAUUCAGCUACAGAGCACCAGGUUGAUGGAGAGGAGCAAUCCCCUUCGGUGGUCGGAGCUCUCGUUGCUGACUGCAGCGCCCAACCGGAGACUGAGCGAGCGGGUGACGCGAUGCGCAGCAAGAGCCCAUCCUGGAAAUACAAAGCCUAUAGUUAUGCUGACCCUUCAGUGGUUUCGCAAGCUAACUACAGAGUUGUGUUAAGGGGCAGCGAGAUUGUCCGGCUACCUCCAUUGUGAGCGCACUGUGGUGUGCAGAUCAGCUCAUAUUCCAGCGGCAUCGAUUGAGACACUAUUUGGGGAGGGGGCAGGACAAGUGGGAUGAGGAACCCCAUUUAUACCCACAAAAACUUACUGCAAGCACUGAUAGGACUAGAAGCUGGUCCAGACGUGGACCACAGCAGUUAAUCUAGACACUUCUGACAAUAGCAUUUCACGUCAUUUCCAAAUGCAAGCAAGUGGCAAUUUGCGUGUUAAUUACUCUUAAAAGAGAAAUGAAACAUGGGCAGCUAAACACACAUGCACACGCACACACACACGCUGUUUCAAACCAAUAUACAUGUACCGUAUCUCAAAGCGCUUCACAAAAUAUUCCGUAGUGGAUCGACUGUGCAUUUUGCUCACAAAAUAAUUAGCAUGGAGUUAAAUCUUCAGGGUGUAUUUUGCCCACAAAAUGCAGUCGAUCCACUUUACGGCAUAUUCUGUGAA